AUGAAUUUUCAGGGUACAAGUUGUGCUUCAAUGGCUAAUUCCAAAGGUUCAACAAACAUUAGAAACUUGAUGUACACUGGAAAGCAAUCCCUACUUCCUCCAAAAAUCCCCUUUCCUGGUAUGGCCCCAACAUAUGUUGAAUAUAUCCCAAGCAAUGUGGUUGGGUCAAAAGUUGUACAAAAGCCCAGAGAAGGAAGUACAUUCCACCAGCGUACAUCUUCUGAGACCUUCCUAGUAGAGGACCAACCUUCCUGGCUCGAUGAUCUUCUGAACGAGCCUGAGACCCCAGUGCGUAGAGGAGGUCAUAGGCGUUCAUCAAGCGACUCGUUUGCUUAUGUAGAUGUAACGAAUAAUUCUAACGUAGACUAUGUAGCAUACGAUGACUACCGGUACAAAAAUAUGGCAUCAGUACCUUUUUGGGGAUCUCAAGAAUUUGAUUAUCUAAAAGAUGCCCGUCAAGGUUCUUUCUAUGUUGAAGGGAACAUGUCAAAACAGAAGAAUAUGGGGCGUGAUUUAUAUAUGAAUGCUGCAAGCCGUUCAAGUGGGGUUUCUUCUGCCAGGGAUAAUGUUGCUUCACAUAAUUCCGGAUCAUCAUGUGCUCGACAGGAACCAGAUGGAUCUUCGGCAGGUGAGAAGCAAGAAAUCGUGGAAUCUUGUCCUCAUGAUUCAAAGCCUUCCUCUGAGAGAAAGGAUGGGCCUCAUGCUAAGCCUUCUGCUUCAGAGGGCGACACAAAACGUGCUAAACAGCAAUAUGCACAGCGCUCUCGGGUCCGAAAGCUUCAGUAUAUAGCUGAGCUGGAAAGGAAUGUGCAAGCAUUACAGGCAGAAGGAUCUGAUGUCUCUGCAGAGCUUGAAUUUCUCAACCAGCAAAAUCUUAUUUUGAGCAUGGAGAAUAAAGCUCUUAAGCAGCGGCUGGAAAGCAUAGCCCAGGAGCAGCUUAUUAAACACUUGGAGCAAGAAGUUUUGGAGAGGGAGAUUGGAAGGCUUCGGGCUUUGUAUCAACAACAGCAAAUGCCACCACCGAUUCAACAGCGACAGCCAUCUUCUACUCACCAUCGCCGCACUAACAGCAGGGACCUUGAAUCCCAAUUCGGAAACCUGUCCUUGAAACACAAGGACACUGGUUCUGGAAGGGAUUCAAUGACUGGUCCAGUCCGCAUUUAG